CACACAUCGUCUUGCACGCCUCUUCAGCCUCCUCGACGAAGACAAUGCCUAUCACUCAUAUCACCUCGCUCUCCCAGCUUGACGGAAUUCUGUCAAAAGCCUCGGAUAAGCUUUCUGUCAUCGACUUCCAUGCAGAAUGGUGCGGGCCAUGCCAUAUGAUUGCACCAAAAUAUGAAGCGUUGUCGAAGCAAUACAACCAUGUCAACUUCUUGAAGUGCGACGUCGAUGCCGCGAAGGAUGUGGCUAGUCGGUAUCGUGUAACUGCGAUGCCAACAUUUGUGUUCCUGCGAGGAAGCACGAAGGUCGAUCAGGUCAGAGGGGCAAAUCCAGGUGCGUUGCAAGAAACACUGCAUCGUCAUGCGUCCGGAUCGUCAUCGGGUGCCUUCAGUGGCAAGGGCCAACGCUUGGGUGACACACCGUCGGCGCCGUCAGACCCGCAGCCACAAGCCGACGCGCCUGCGAUAUUCACUGCAUUUGCUCAGCUUGACCCCAAGAUCAAAGUCCUGGUAUACCUCGUAGCUGGGUAUCUAUUCCUGUGGUAUAUAAGCUGAACUGCAUGGAACACUAUCGCCAUCGGAUCAAAGCUUGUGUGACUAGUUGCCGUGGCUUUGUUGCUACUACCUAAGUAGUUGUACUAUGACUCUAA